CAGCCUGCUUCACUCAGACACUCCUCCAGUCUAGCUCAGACCCUUCUAAAGUCUAGCUCAGACGCUUCUGAAGUCUAGUUCAGAUUGUUCCCCAGUCUAGUUCAGAUACUCCUCCAGUCUAGUUUAGAUAUUUCUUCUGUCUAGUUCAGAUUGUUCUCCAGUCUAGUUUAGAUUGUUCUCCAGUCUAGUUCAGAUAACUUCUACAGAUUAAGUUUAUCCACUGAUUUCCUGCCAAGAUGAUGGAGGAAGUGUCCAUCAGUGUGGUGCUGGACGCACAGGUCAUGGAGCAGAUGUCUGAGGAGGAAAUCUUGGCUAGACUGGUCUCAGACUCCUUACCAAAACAUGAGGUACCGUCUAAAAAGCCAAAGCUGAAGGACACUCAGUCAGAUGAUCCACUCCACAGAUACCAGAAGGAGAACCAGAAGCUUCAGGAGGCCAGUCUGCGUCUAGAGCAGGAGAACGAUAACCUCGCUCACAGACUCGUCACCAGCAAGAUUGCACUGAGGAACGCUUUAGACCAGGCAGAGGAUCAGGUGGAAGAGCUGACGAAAGAACUUUUAAAAGCCAAACAGAAACUGCUCAUGACAGAGGAGGAGAAGAGGGGGAAAGAGGAAGAGGCAGCACAGCUGAAGGAGGUUUUCAGGAGGGAAAAGGACAAAGCAGAAGCUGAAAUCAAGAGAACAAAUGGUGUCAUCGCUGACUACAAGAAGAUUUGCUCUCAGCUGAAUGCUAAGCUUGAAAGGCAGCAGUUUGAAGCUGAAGAGAAGCUGGCUCAGAUUAAGAGCAAAGUGAUGGAAUGCCAGCACUGUAGGAACAUCUUCGAUCUGGAAGGUUCUGUGCGGUUAGACCAAGAGAGUACACAGAGCUCAGCUCAGGACACAGAGAAGGAUCUUCUCCAACAACAGGUCCAACAGCUGGAGAAGGAACUAGCACAGACCAAACUACAGAUGGUGGAAUCCAGAUGCAAGAUCCAGGAGCUGGAGCACGAGAAGGGGAUGCUGGUGAACGAGCUCCAGGCUGCUAAGAGCACUUGGCUCAAAAAGACCCUGGGUUCACUGCUGACUCACAGUAGCACCAGCGAUCCACAGCAUUCGUCUCACAGCACUGGUUCUGGCGUCAGGAGGCUCUCCUGGACGCCAUGGGAAGGGAGAGCAGCACACAUGUGACUGAUAGAGACUGAUAGGAGUUCUGGACAGGUGACCGGCUCUGGAGCCAUCUGAGGACCGAGGUCCACACUACUGAGACAGGGAUAGGGGACCCUUACCCCAACCCUGACCAGUGGAGAGGACAAUGAAGUCCCAUGUGAAGAAGACUAGCAGAGAAGCUCUGCAAACCAUGGAUCUGUCUCACAUCUUCCUGUUAGCCGUGCUUAUCCUUGGAUUAUGAAAGUGAAAGCAAUUUAGUUUCUUAUUCAUAUUCCACCUUUGGCAUGAAAUGGAAGAGUUGUUUUCUUUAUUACAGUUUUUGUGUGUCUUUGAGAAUAACAUGUAGCUUAAUUAAACCACUAUUUUUAUUACAGUUCUACAUCUGUAUCUGAUAUUGGACCAAUUCAUAUAAUUAAUAUAUGAAACACUCACUCAGUGGCUUGUAAUGGCCCAGUCAAAAGCUUUUAAGGACAAGGUUAGUGUGGGUAACAUUAGUGAUCAAUUUGUCCACUUUUGAGUAUCAGCCUGUUUUAUUUAUUUAGAAAAUGUUAUUGCAGGUUUUAAAAACCAUGCACACCUUUUCAGUCUGAUAAUUCUGAAAGA